AUGGAAAUCUUUACAAUGCUCUUUGUCUUUACGUCACUUCUGUUCUCCAUUCUAAGUAUCUCCAACACCAAAGACAUCAUCACUCCAAGUGUAUCGAUCAGAUAUGGAGAGACCCUUGUUUCCUCCGGUGGAAGCUUCCAAUUAGGAUUCUUUAGACCUGGCAAUUCGAGUAACCAAUACUUGGGAAUAUGGUACAAUGAAAUAUCUCCUCAGACAAUUGUAUGGGUGGCCAACAGAGAAAAUCCACUUACUCAUCUCUCAGCAGGAGCUUUGAAUAUCACUGAUCAAGGAGCUCUUGUUCUUUUAAGUGACACAAAUAGAAAUAGCAUUGUUUGGUCAUCCAACACUUCAAGAAAAUUCAUAAGGAAACCAGUUGCUCAGCUCCAAGAAUCAGGAAAUCUUGUUGUGAAAGAUGGAAAUGAGCUUGUGUGGCAGAGCUUUGAUUAUCCAACUGAUAAUUUGCUACCAGGAAUGAAGCUUGGCUGGAACUUGAAAACCGGGCUAAACAAAGUUUUGUCUUCUUGGAAAGAUGCAGAUGAUCCAGCUCCGGGCGAAUUCUCAUUUUCCAUAGAUCGUAGUGGAUACCCUCAACUGGUGGUUAAGAAAGGUCCUAGAGCACAGUAUAGGUUGGGUUCAUGGAAUGGCCUUGGUUUUACAGGGAGUCCUGAACUUGGAUCUGGGAAUGAAUUAUUCAAAUUCGACUUCGUGUCGAAUGAGAGUGAGGUCUCUUACAGGUUUGAGCUCCUGAAGGAUGCAUUGCAUUCAAGAUUACUGCUGAACUUGUCCGGUGGCUUGCAGCGGUUCAUGUGGGUUGAUAAAUCACAGAGCAAUAACAUAAUUUACUCUGCUCCGGUAGAUCGGUGUGACACCUAUGAUUUAUGUGGUGCAUAUGCAUUUUCUCUCUGCAAGCUUGGUGCUGAUCCUAAAUGUUCAUGCUUACAAGGUUUUGAACCAAAAUCUCCAAGAUACCAGAAUUCGAAAAACGCAUCUUUGGGGUGUGUUCCUAAAACUCCACUGGGUUGUAGUAAUGGAGACGGAUUUCAGAAUUUCACUAGGGCAAAAUUACCGGAUACAUCUUCGUCAUGGAUCAAUAGUACUAUGUCCCUCGAGGAAUGCAAGAAAAUGUGUUUGAGAAACUGCUCUUGCACAGCAUAUGCAAAUUUGGAUAUUAGUGAAGGAGGAAGUGGAUGUUUGCUUUGGUUUGGUGACCUCAUUGAUAUAAAAGAAUUCGACUCUGGUGGGCAAGACCUUUUUGUCCGGACAGCCCUCUUGGGAUUAGAUGACAUCAAGACAAGCAAGCCCUCUGGUGUAAAGAAAAAAGUGGCAAUCAUAGCCAGCGUUGGGCUGCUAGGCAUGGGAAUGAUAAUACUAGGAUUGGUUUUUUACAAGCGGAAGAAGAAAUUGAAAGCACAAGGAAAAAUGAAAAAUAUACGUGAAAAGAACUUUGAUUUUGAAUUCGGAAACGAAGACUUGGAGCUGAUAACAUUUGAUUUGGCCACCGUAUCUAGAGCCACUGAUAAUUUCUCAAACAAUAACAAGCUGGGAGAAGGUGGCUUUGGACCAGUAUACAAGGGCAUACUGAUAGAGGGGCAAGAUAUAGCAGUCAAAAGGCUUUCAAAAUGUUCGGGGCAAGGAAUUAAAGAAUUCAUGAAUGAAGUAAUAUUGAUUGCUAAACUUCAACACAGAAAUCUUGUAAAGCUUCUUGGUUGCUGUAUUGAGGGAGACGAAAAAAUGUUAAUUUAUGAAUACAUGCCCAACAAGAGCUUGGACUACUUCAUAUUUGAUGAUACAAGAAGUAAAUUCCUCGGUUGGGAUCAACGCAUCAAUAUCAUCGGUGGAAUUGCUCGAGGACUUCUUUAUCUUCACCAAGAUUCUAGACUGAGGAUAAUCCAUAGGGAUCUUAAAACCAGCAAUGUUUUGCUAGAUAAAGAUAUGAAUCCAAAAAUAUCUGAUUUUGGCACGGCUAGAGCAUUCGGGGCAGAUCAAACUGAGGAAAAUACUAAUAGAGUGGUUGGAACUUAUGGCUACAUGUCUCCUGAGUACGUAGUUGAUGGAAUCUUCUCAAUCAAAUCCGAUGUCUAUAGCUUCGGUGUCAUGGUGCUGGAGAUAGUGAGUGGGAAGAAGAACAGGGGAUUUUAUCAUCCGGACCACCAGCUUAACCUUCUAGGACAUGCAUGGACUCUAUGGAUUGAAGGAAGGCCAUUGGAAGUACUGGAUGAGGUGUUAGAUGGCUCGUGUCCUCUACCAGACGUGUCGCGAUGCAUUCACAUAGCUCUGCUGUGUGUGCAGCAACAACCAGAAGAUAGACCAAACAUGGCAUCUGUGGUGCUGAUGUUGGGUGGUGAGGGUUCAUUGCCUGCGCCCAAACAACCUGGUUUCUUUACUGACAGGAACCCAGUUGAAGCAGAUUCUUCAUCCAUCAACCGUGAAUCUCACUCAAUAAAUGAGAUGACUGUAACGCUGUUGGAGGCAAGAAUGGGUGGUCUUUGUUUUCUGCUUAUUAGUACUAAUUUGCUCUUUCUGUUUUUCACAAUUUCCUCUGCAGUUGACAGCAUUAGCCUCUCGCAGUCUAUCAGUGACAACACGACGUUGGUUUCUAGUGAUGGAAGCUUUGAGCUUGGUUUCUUCAGUCCUGGUAGCUCCACGAAUCGUUACUUGGGAAUUUGGUACAAGAACAUGAACAUCCCAGGUAGAACUGUUGUUUGGGUUGCAAACAGAUGCAACCCCAUUAAUGAUUCUUCCGGCAUGUUGAUGAUAAACAGCACAGGCAAUCUUGUGCUGUUUGGUCAGAACAAGAGUGUUGUUUGGUCCACAAGCUCAGUUAAACGUGUUGAAAAUGCAAUGGUACAGCUUUUAGAUUCUGGAAAUUUGGUAGUAAGAGAUGCGAAAGAUGGAAUUUCAGGACCCUAUUUGUGGCAAAGUUUCGACUAUCCUUCUGAUACAUUGUUACCAGGAAUGAAGUUGGGAUGGGACUUAAGGACGGGUCUGAAACGACACAUAUCGGCAUGGAAAAACUCAGAAGAUCCCUGUCCAGGAAAUUUCACGUAUGGGAUUGAAAUGGAACGUCAAGCGUACCCUGAGGCAUAUAUUCGCAAUGGCACUGCGAAAAUUUAUCGUGCCAGUCCGUUUAAUGGCCUCACUUUCUGUGGUUCAUCAGAGAAACAUCCUGCUCGUUACGGUUUCAGCUUUGUGUACAAUGAUGAUGAAGUGUACUACAUGUACAAACCUACCAUUAAGUCUAUAACCUCAAGAAUAGUUUUGAACCAAACCACCAGUUCAUGUAUUCGGUUUCAUUGGAAGAAAGAAGAUGAAGCUUGGACUGCCCAUUUAUCAAGACCUAGAGAUGUGUGUGAUCAUUAUGGCUUCUGUGGAGCGAAUGGAAAUUGUAUUGGUGAGAAUCCAGUCUGCCAAUGUCUAAAGGGAUUCAAGCCUAAGUCUCAAGAAAAAUGGAAUUUGGCGGACUGGUCUCUAGGAUGUGUGCGCAAUAAACCCUUGAGCUGUCAGAAAACAGAUAAAGAUGGGUUUCUCAAACUCGUUGGCUUGAAAUUGCCAGAUACUACGCAUUCUUGGGUGAACAAAAGUAUGAAUCUCAAGGAAUGCAGAGCCGAAUGCUUGAACAACUGUUCUUGUAUGGCUUAUAGAAGCUCAGACAUCAGAGGAGGUACUGGCUGUGCCAUCUGGUUUGGUGAUCUAAUAGAUACCACACAGGCUUUGACUUCUGGGCAGGAAAUAUAUAUUCGAAUGUCAGCUUCGGAGUUAGAAGAAAAUGACGGUAAGCUGAAGACUGCAUUGAUAGUUGUAGCUGUCAUAGCAGUGGUGUUUUCUGGAGUGCUGUUAGUUGCCUAUUACAUUCACCGGAGAAGGAAAAAAUUAAAGGAAAUAAGAGACAGAAAUCAGGACAAUGAGGGGGCACCAAAGGAGGACCUGGAGCUCCCGCUCUUCGAAUUGGCCACUGUAAUUAGUGCCACAGAUAACUUUUCAAGCAAUAACAAGCUGGGAGAAGGUGGCUUUGGACCAGUUUACAAGGGGACGCUAGCAGAUGGACAAGAAAUUGCUGUGAAGAGGCUUUCAAGAAGUUCUGGCCAAGGAAUGAACGAGUUCAUGACUGAAGUUAUACUGAUUGCCAAACUUCAGCACCGAAAUCUGGUAAAACUUCUUGGUUGCUGCGUUCAAGGAGACGAGAAAAUGCUGAUCUAUGAAUACAUGCCCAAUGGAAGCCUGGACUCAUUCAUCUUUGAUCAAACGAGUGGAGAACUACUGUUAGAUUGGCCUAAACGUUACCACAUUAUUUGUGGAAUUGCUCGUGGUCUACUCUAUCUGCACCAAGAUUCCAGGCUAAGGAUUAUUCAUAGAGAUCUCAAAGUAAGUAAUGUCCUACUUGAUAAUGAAAUGAAUCCAAAAAUUUCGGACUUUGGCUUGGCUCGAACAUUGACUGGGGGAAAUCAGACUGGAGGAAAUACAAACAGAGUGGUUGGAACUUACGGUUACAUGGCACCCGAGUAUGUUGUUGACGGUCAAUUUUCUGUAAAGUCUGAUGUCUUUAGCUUUGGUGUUUUGGUGCUGGAGGUCAUUAGUGGAAGGAAAAACAAGGGAUUCUACCAUCCAACCAGCCCUAACCUUAUUGGACAUGCAUGGAGAUUAUGGAAUGAAGGAAGGCAUUUAGAACUGAUUGAUACAUACUUAGGAAGUGCAUCUACUCUAUCAGAAAUGUCGCGUUGCAUCCAUGUUAGUCUCUUGUGUGUGCAGCAUCAUCCUGAGGACAGGCCAAGCAUGGCGUCUGUGGUUAUAAUGCUGGGAAGUGAGAUGGCUUUGGCUCAGCCCAAACAACCUGGUUUCUUCAUGGAAAAGGAAUCACAUGAAGCAGGUCAUUCUUCAGAAAAGCAAUCAUCUUCAGCCAACGAAUUAUCCAUUACGGUUUUGGAGGCUCGAUAAGGUUCGAUUAUAUAUGUUCUUGCUGCUAUCUUGACAUGUUCAUAUAUUUCCAAAACAUGCAAGUUUGUAGAUUCAAGUGGUUCUGUACUUGGUUCAAGCAUUGAGGCUAGAUAAAUACCACAAAGCUAUUCAUCUCAUGCUACGUCUAUUUUUCUCUAUAUAUUUGUUCAGUAUAUUUCCUUCGAUCCCUCUCCUUUUCUGUAUGAGAUUCCAU